CAGAGAACCAUGUGAUCACAUGGUCCUGUAUUGAUGGGAUGGUUCCAUACCGUAUCCGGCGGGAGAUCUUAGCUCCGGAGUUUCUGGCAGCGACCAUUAUUCCGCUCCCGAGCUUCGUCUUCCGCUCUCCUGCUGAGUUGACUGCCGAUACCAGUCAUCCUUGAACCGUUGAGAUGCGGCUACCAGGUGCUUCCAGCCGUGUACUCCGACAGGCACAAGCGCCAUUGGCCUUCGCCCGCAUUGUCCAAAGGCACGCUCUGCAUACCAAACCGUUUGAUGCCGCCGUCAUCGGUGCCGGCAUCACGGGCCUCACGGCGGCAUACCAGCUAUCGCGGGACCCUUCCUGCUCCAAAGUGACCCUCUAUGAGAAGUCUUCCCACCUGGGAGGCUGGAUCUCGUCCGAGAAGAUUCCUGUCCCCGGUGGGGGCCAUGUUGUUUUUGAAUAUGGUCCGCGGACCUUGAGGCCCGCGGCUCCCGCAUCCCUCCCCAUGAUGGACCUAGUAAGACGACGCAAUCUUGGGCAGCUGGACCUAUUGGGGGAGGUUAGAUCGAUCCCAAAGGACCAUCCCGCAUCUACCAAUCGUUAUAUCUACUACCCCGAUCGUCUCGUCCGUUUGCCAUCGGUCCGAAAAGAUGGAAUCAUCCAUACUUUUAUCAGAAUGCUCCAAGAACCUAUGUUGCGGGACAUUGCGUGGAGCCUCUUGACCGAGGGCACCAAAUUCCGACUAGAACCCGAGGGCUACUUGCGAGACGAGUCGAUCGCGGAUUUCUUAUCGCGUCGGCUUUCAUCUAAGGUGGUGGACAAUGUUGUUUCAGCGGUCUUUGCUGGCAUUUUCGGGGGCGACAUAUAUCGCCUGAGCGCAGAGACCGUCCUCGGUAAAGUGCGGUUGCUUGAGAAGGAACACGACUCAAUAGUCGUUGGGAUGUUUGCAGAUUCCCAGGCAUACGACAAAACUAUGGCGAUGGACGACUUUUUGGCCAUUGAAUCGGUUGAUCUGGAGCAAGGCAGGACUACGUCAACUUUUAAAGUCCUCAAAACCUUAGGUUCCACUUCCAGUGUAGUCACAAUGCAGGACGGUUUGGGGCAGAUAACCGACACCUUGGCCACCCGGUUGAGAGAGUCCGGCAAGGUUGAGAUUGUAUCCGGUAAGGAAGUUACGGCAAUUAGCCAGGACUCAAAGACUCGGGACCUGACCAUCGGCUUCGGGAGGGCAGAUGCUAAAACUCACAACCGUGUAAUUGCCACUCACUCACCUUGGAAUCUCUGUCAACAGCUCAGGAACACGAAGGCGGGGCAGAGCAUACCUUCCGAUACAAUUCAAAAUCUGACAGAACACAAGGACUCCGUGACAAUCAUGGUCGUCAAUCUGUUUUACACCGAAGAAAACCUGGUACCGGUCGAGGGAUUUGGAUAUCUUCUUCCCAACUCGGUUCCCUUUGAACAGAACCCCGAAAGGGCUCUGGGAGUGAUCUUCGCGGAUCAAGCUAGUGUGGGACAGGACACUGCACCAGGAACCAAGCUCACAGUCAUGAUGGGUGGCUACUUGUGGGACGGCUGGACUGAAGCCGAUUACCCUGAUCCUGAUACAGCUAUACAGAUGGCUCAGACUUUGCUCCAUAGGCACCUGGGGAUCACAGCUACGCCCGCCGUGGCGCGCUCUCGGCUGCUGCGCGAUGCUAUCCCCCAGUAUACAGUUGGCCACUUGUCCCGCAUAGAUAGACUCUCCCAGUCAGUUCGGCGUGACUUUGAUAAGCGGCUGACCUUGGCUGGCUCAUGGUACGGCACUCUGGGAAUCGGUGUAGUAGACUGUAUCCGACAGGCCUACCUGGCUUCGUCGUAUGGCGUCGGAUCCAAGAAGCUGGGCCGUGGAAAAGGGCCUCGUCCUUGGACGAAAUACGACUACCACCACUGGGAGUUGGAAGGUGGCAUAGUCACCUCUCCAAUUCGGUUUGACGGGGUUUCCCCUGACGAGCGCAAGCAUUUUUAGGACCUAUCACCCCGACAGUGAUUUUCUUGUAAGAUACAGGGCAAGAUGCGAGCAUCCGAUGUACAGAGGAAUUAAACAAAAGCUUCACAGGAAUACAUGCAUUUGUUGCCCAGUCGCUACGAAGAGCUAAAUAUGAAACAAAGAUGAUUCAAGAUCGCCACUUGUAUCUUCC